AUGAGGGUGUUUUUGCAGCUGGGAGGAGCGUCCCACCCAAAACCUUGUGGCCUCUGUUUCUGUUUGAAAGGCACCUCGGCCGAUCCAAGAGGACGGGGUCCGGAGUACCAGCUGCACGUGACCCUGCGGAGAUCAGUCCUGCUUUCUGCCCGUGUCCCUUCGGACCGCCUGGUGUCUGCCGCCGACUGGGACUUUGAGCCCCAGGGCGGCCCCAGGGUCCUCCUGGUGGAAAGCAUCAGUGGGAGGCCCCCGGAGAUCAAUUCAGGGCACAGGCUUGGGCCACGCGUGGAAGUGAUCAACAUGACCUGCCUGAGGAUCUGGGAUCUGGAAAUGGGGGAUGAUGGGCUAUACAAGGCCCGGGUCAAGUUCCGCGGAGGAGGUGUAGAAGAUUACAGCUUCGCCCUCACCCUCCAUGAGCCAGUCCCGAGCCCCCAGGUGAGCUGCAACGUCACAUCACACUUCCCAGAGGGGUGCAACGUGUCCCUGUAUUGCCAGGGUGCCGGGACCGGGGAGUUCAAGGUCUCGUGGACUGAAGGAGAGCCCCCCCAGGCCUUGGAAGAAGGGGGCUCCGACUGGUACCAGCUUUCUGGCAAUGGCACAGCUCUUCGCUUGUGGUGGCCUUUUGGCUCCUCCCGCUCGCCCUUCACCUGCCUGAUCAGCAGCGCGGCCGAGGAGAAGAGGGCCUCGCUGGAGGUGGCCUCCUGCUGCUUCCGUGCAGGGGCAAAGGAAACCAGACGCCUGACCUGGCUGUGGUGUUUGCUCGCCAUUGCCCCUGUGGUUGUCCUUUUGGGGUUGCUGCUGCUCUGGAGGACAAGGAGGAAAAGGACCCCCAGCAGAGGCCUAUCCAAGAGGGAGCAGCCUUACGAGGCCAAAUACUCGAAUCUGGCGGCGCAAGGCGGGUCCCGCGGGAGCAGCUGUGGCCAGCCGUGUGAUCCCCUCCCUGAGCCGAGACUGAAAUCUCCAACUGUCUACGCCGUUCUCGGGAGCGAGCCCCACCUUUACAAUGAAGCCACCUGAAGGAGGCAGGGCUGCGGCAGACCGUCUGAUCUUUGAUGAUUUCCCGCGGACCAGAAAGAUGGGGAACUUCCACGAGCAGCUUCUUGUCCUCUGUGCCACACCAGGGCACACGAUUGGGGGGCUACCCUGCAGUCAUUUCCAGGGUUUGUGCUCUUCGCCCUUCACAGCUUUGCUGCUGGCAGGACCGGGACCUGGGGAGGCCGGCUGGUGCUUUGGAGUCACAGCCCACUUCAUCCUGCUUUGCACCGCCACGAGCCGUUUUCAUGGUUACUGCUGGAGCUGCUCCCCGUAAAUUAGAUCCCUCUGCGAUGCUUUAAAAUGCUGAGCGUCCGGCCCACGUACUUCCAAGAUGCCCUCUUUGGUAUCGUCGCCUUAAAGAAUCUCAAAAGUUUAGAGUUCCAUUUGAAGGCAUCUUUGGAAGUUCCUAAUAAGAGUUUUUCUCAGAGCUGGAUCCCGAUUAUUUUCUAAUUGACCAAGAGCCUUUGGCACGGUCCUGCAGAUGCUCCUGUUUGGAAAAACCUUUAAAAUGGUUUCUCAGCGGAGGAAGGCUGUUUGUGACUCAGAAGGCUGGAUAGCAAAGCUGCUUAGUCAGCAUGUAAUCAGGAAGUAGCUAGCACAGAUCUUUUCCCGCGUGCCUGCCCAAAUCAUCACCUUUUCCUUCUUUUAAGAGCUGGUUUUGACUCUCAGCCACGAGGGGCUUAGGUCACCUCUGACAGGGCUGGAUCUCGUGUCCUGCCUGGCUCACGUGCCCAGGUGGGGAGGUGCAGGAAACACGGCCUUCCCGGUGGUGACACCUCAAGGAAACCCAAAGACCUCUUAAAUCCACGCUGGUGAACACCUGCACACCGUAACCCCACUGCCCUUUGGCGAUGUGAUUAUUGUGACAGAGAUGAGAGAGACAGACAGAUACAAUCAU